AGGAUAAAAAAGACUUAAACUUGAUUCCAUUGUUCUGUUGUUAACUACAAAGAAGAAAAAUUCAAAAAUAUGGCAGGCAACUACACCAACAUUGUCACUACUAACACAACCACAUCACCAAUCCCUAAUUUCAGUGAAGAGAAUGAUGCAGAUAAUGAUAAUAACUAUGAAAAUGUUGAACAUGAUGACAGCGAUUCAUCAUCGUCAGUCACUCAUUCAGAUAACAAUGAUCUAGUCAUGAAAUCUAACUACAGUUUGAAUGACUUAAUGGAGGAGUUAGACAUAGAAGAUGCAUCUGAUAGCAAGGCUAAUGUUGGUGGAGAUAGCCAGGGCAUAUACUGCCUCGAAAAAGAAAUGCUAAUUUAUGAAAAUUUAAUGAUGAAUUGGUCUAACUCUAAUCAAAAUGAUGUUUACGAGAAUGUAGAAUACAACCCAUCACCAUCUCCAACAACAUCAGCCAGUGCAGUUGGUAGGGAUGUUGGCGGUGGUGAUUCUAAUGCAUUGAGACGGGCUUUUAAUAAUCAAAAUCUAACAGACAGAACUAGGCUGAAUAAAAUCUGUCAUUUCAAUAACAACAACAACAAUAAUAAAAUGAAUAAUAACAAUAAUAAUAAUAAUGGUAUUUGUAUGGAGGAAAAUUUAGACUAUGAGGUCUGCGCCUAUGAAACUGACUUUAAUUUCUAUUGCAACGAUAUUAAUAACAAUAAUAAUAAUAAUAAUAAUAAUAAUAAUAAUAAUAAUAAUAAUGUUAAUAACGUUAAAAAUCAGCGACAGUUGAAUAGCUUACAAAUGAAAAAAUCCAACUCGAAAGAUAGUGCUAAUGACAUCUACGAAGAGAUCGAUGAUGAUGAUGGUGAUGGCGGCUGUGGUGCUGAUGAUGAUGAUGAUGAACAGCGCGGCGGUGAUGAUGACGAUGACGAUUAUAUGAGGGGCGUGAUGAGGGAUAAUGUGGAGAAUGAGAAACAGCAAGAGAAAUUGAAUAAAAAUAAGCCCAACAAAUCGUUCCUAUUGUCAUUCAUGAAGAGGAAAAACAACAACAACAACAAUAAUAAUAAUAAUAAUAACAAUAAUAACAACAGUAAGGCUAAUAUGUCGAAAUCUAAAAAUUUAAAGUUGAGAAUUGAUAAUAACAAUACCAGUAUCAAUUGUAGUAAUGAUGGUAGGAGGAAGCCCGAAAGUCAGAACACUUUAGAAGCCCCAACCACAAGUACCAGCGUCCUUAACAAGUUAACCCGAUUUGGGCAUAAAUUUUCCGGAAACAACAACAAUAACAACACCAACAACCAAAAUAAUAAUAGUAACAACAACAUUAACAACAAUAAUAAUAAUGAUAAUAAUAAUAAUAAUAAUAGUGAUGUGCCUAACACGGCGCCCACCGCCGUAUCCCAUAGUGAUAAUGUAAUACUAGGUGAUGGUUCAGAUGACCACCACCUUCAUUUUGGGACUAGGAUGUUCAGUCCUGCUUGCCUGCCCCUUCAAAUGCCUAUGCAUCUGUCUGCUAUAAAGUUGAAAAGAAGAUUGAUUGUUGAAUCCAUCAUAAGUACAGAGCGAUCCUAUAUAUUCUCACUGAAGAGGCUCAUUGAAACCAAGGACUAUCAGUUUCCAUUGCUGAACGCCCAACCGUCCAUUAUCAGUCACAAAUUAGUGAAGGUCAUAUUUUGCAAGGUCAAGGACAUUCUUCAAUGUCACCUGCUCUUCCAUGGCGAGCUUGUUGGCGUAGCCGAUACCUGGGACCAACUGGAACUCAUCGGCGAUGUUUUCACCGCCUCAUUUUCCAAGCUGGUAGUGUUUGAGGCCUACAGCGAGUACGUCAACAACUUCCCCAUCGCUAUGGAGACAGCUAAGAAGCAAGCCAGGGCCAAGUCGAAUUUCAAUACGUUCUUGAAGGAGAGAAUGCUAUCAUCUGAUGAUAGACUAUCUCUGUUUGGACUGAUGGUUAAGCCAAUACAAAGAUUCCCACAGUUCAUAAUGCUUAUCAAGGAUCUUCUGGGCAGCACCCCAGUGGACCACCCAGAUAGGUUGUCCCUUCAACUUGCACUAACUGAACUCGAGAUGCUCACUGACAGACUGAACGAAACUAAAAAGGAAAGCGAGAGUAGGAUCGAGGCUAAAAAAAUCCGGGAAAACUUACCGUUUUCGGUUUCUAUAAAUAAAUCGGAGAUGGGCGACUGCAAGUUUAUCAGGGAGGAUGACGUCUUGCAACAUAAAACGACUCGGCACGGCGAAACGAAGAGCAAGGAGAAGAGGUUGUUCAUGCUGAGUGAUUACGUCGUUUGCGCCGACAUCGUCAGGCAUAAAGAAGCAGCAUUUACCGCGGACAACAAUAACAACAUCAACCCCUCAACAACGGCAACAACAGCAAACAACAGCAACAACACAACAUCGCUAGCAACAGCAUCAUCAUCAACAGCAAUGACAACAACACCAACAACAAACUCUGGAGCCAUUGAAAAAUUAAUUUUUUCCUGGUUGGCUCUCGUUUCAGAUAUCGAGGUCUUGGACCCAAUUCUGCCGAAAAAUUUUCAACAACAUCAGCAGCAGCAACAACAACAAAUGAUGGUAAGCAGAAAACCACCAUCUGCGUCACUAGCAACGUCGUUUAGCAAUAAGAAAAAGGAUGAUAAGCAAGCCAGCAGCUACAACCCACCAUCCCUGAAAUCUCUGCCAUCACUGGUUAUUACGUCACCGUCAUCGUUG